AAACAAAAGGCAUUUUUUAUCCGAAGCCUGAUACUUCCCGAAGAUGAGGAACAGAUCCUCUUCUUCUUCCUCAACUGCCUUCUCUUGUCACUUGAAGAACAUCAUCUUUCAAUUUCUACUAUUUGUCAUUUAUUUCCUGUUAAAUGUCGAAAUUGGAAAUAGUUUUAAUCCCUUUAUUCAGCUCCCAACAUCAAGAAACCACAAUCCCAGCAGCUCCAAGAUUGUCCUUAAUGUCAAUGAUUUUGGUGCUAAAGGAGACGGAGUUGCAGAUGACAACAAGAUUUUUGAAGAUGUAUGGAAGGUGGCAUGUUCUUCAUCAUUGCCAGCAAAAAUUGUUAUUCCUGCAGGAAGCUCCUAUCUUGUGAAACCAACCGACUUCGCUGGGCCCUGCAAGUCGAAUAUAACCUUGAGGAUAUCUGGGACAGUUGUUGCACCACGAGAUCCUACGGUCUGGGAUGGUUUAGAUGUGCACAAGUGGCUCUAUUUCCAUGGAGUUCAGAACCUUACUGUAGAAGGAGAUGGAGUAAUUGACGGGAUGGGCCAAAAAUGGUGGGACCAGUCAUGUAAGAGGAACGAAUCAAAUCCUUGUGUUCACGCGCCAACGGCUGUUACAUUCCACAAGUGCAAGAGGUUGAAACUGAGGGAUGUGUCCUUGGUCAACGGUCAACAGAUGCAUGUGGCCUUUACUAACUGCAUGCAUGUUUCUGUUUCGGGUCUCACAGUUAGCGCACCUGGUAAUAGCCCUAACACGGAUGGGGUCCACAUAAGCACGUCUUCACAUGUUGAACUCAAGGAUGUUGUUAUUGGCACAGGAGAUGACUGCAUAUCCAUUGUCAGCAAUUCUUCGCGAAUUCGUAUAAAAAAUAUCGUGUGUGGCCCUGGCCAUGGUAUUAGCAUUGGCAGUUUGGGAAAAAACAAUUCAUAUGCUUCUGUGAAAGACGUUAUUGUUGAUGGGGCGGUGUUGUUUGAUACUGAGAAUGGAGUCAGGAUCAAAACAUGGCAGGGAGGCAGUGGUUUUAUAAGGAAAGUUACUUUUCAGAACAUAUGGAUGUACAAUGUUUCCAAUCCCAUAAUAAUAGAUCAAUAUUACUGCGACUCUCGGCUGCCUUGCCUGAAUCAGACAUCUGCCAUCAGCAUCAACAACAUUGCAUUCCGAGGAAUCAUUGGUACAUCUGCAACUGAGGAGGCCAUCGAGUUUUCAUGUAGCGAGAGCAGUCCAUGUAAAAAGCUAUAUUUAGAAGAUAUUCAACUCAUAUCUCUAUCUGGGAUUGUGAAGUCAUUUUGCUGGGAAGCGUACGGCACAAGCUCGGGUCUCAUAGUUCCACCUUCUUGCAUUUCAUCUGAAGAAAAAUUAUCAUUCGACAAAAGUAAGGGCAGUCCAAACUCGACAAGCUUGUGGAAAGAUAAAUGAUGAAAACUACGGACAUACAUCUUUUGUGAAUCACAUACUAGUAUAUGAGCUUGUGCGAUGCACGAGAAAUCAGUAUUAAAAUUGUAUAAUAAAUUAAAUAUAUAGAUAAUAUGGAUCAUGGUUUACAGUACAUUACUAAAAUUAUAGGGAAAAUUACACUUUGCCUACCGAACUAUUCGCGUUUUUACACUUUGCCCACUCAACUUUUUCCGGUGACACUUUACCCCUUGAACUUCAAAUAUUCUUGCACUUA